CAUAAACCUGCGCCUGAUCUUGGCUACGGCCGAAGCGGCGAAGGCGGCAGCGGCGGCGACAGCUCUGGGGUUUGCGUCUCGGGGUGUGUCGGCCGCCGCUGCUGCUCAGGCCUGGAAUGUACAGAUGGCUGGCUAAGGUUCUCGGCACCAUUCUUCGCUUGCGCGAGCGGCCCGCGCCCGGGGCCCGCGCCCUGCUCAAGAGGCGGCGCUCCAGCAGCACUCUGUUUUCUACCGCAGUGGACACUGAUGAAACCCCAGCUAAAAGACCAAGAUUAGAUUGCUUCAUUCACCAAGUGAAGAACAGUCUCUACAAUGCUGCAAGUUUAUUUGGAUUCCCAUUCCAGCUGACCACAAAACCCAUGGUGUCUUCUGCUUGUAAUGGAACACGGAAUGUGGCCCCUUCUGGAGAGGUAUUUUCGAACUCUUCAUCUUGUGAACUAAUGAGUUCUGGAUCCUGCAGCAGCAUGCUAAAACUGGGUAAUAAAUCUCCUAAUGGAAUAAGUGACUAUCCAAAGAUCAGAGUGACGGUGACCCGAGAUCAGCCACGGAGAGUCCUGCCCUCCUUUGGUUUUACGCUGAAAUCGGAAGGCUAUAAUAGAAGGCCAAGUGGUCGUCGCCAUAGCAAAAGCAAUCCAGAGAGUUCCUUAACAUGGAAACCUCAGGAGCAAGGCGUAACAGAGAUGAUUUCUGAAGAGGGUGGCAAGGGCGUGAGGCGUCCCCAUUGCACCGUGGAGGAGGGUGUCCAAAAGGAUGAAAGAGAAAAAUAUCGAAAGUUAUUGGAGCGUCUUAAAGAAGGUGCUCAUGGAAGCACGUUCCCUACUGCAGUCUCACACCACAGUUCUCAGAGAAUUCAGAUGGACACAUUAAAGACCAAAGGCUGGGUGGAGGAGCAGAAUCAUGGCGUCAGAACAACCCAUUUUGUUCCAAAACAGUAUAGAGUUGUUGAAACAAGAGGACCUCUGUGUUCAGUGAGAAGUGAAAAAAGGUAUUCAAAAGGAAAAACUGAUACAGAGAAGGUGGUGGGACUCCGAUUUGAAAAGGAAGGUACAAGAGGACACCAAAUGGAGCCUGAUCUGUCAGAAGAGGUGUCUGCCCGGCUUCGCCUGGGAAGUGGAAGCAAUGGCUUACUCAGAAGGAAAGUAUCAGUGCUUGAGGCAAAGGAAAAGAACUUCCCAAGCAAAGAGAAGGACAGAAGAACAGAAGAUCUCUUUGAACUUACAGAGGACAUGGAAAAGGAAAUCAGUAAUGCCCUGGGCCACGGCCCACCGGAUGAGAUCUUGAGCAGUGCUUUCAAGUUGCGAAUCACCCGAGGAGAUAUCCAGACCUUAAGGAACUAUCACUGGCUCAACGAUGAGGUCAUUAAUUUUUAUAUGAAUCUUUUAGUGGAAAGGAGUAAAAAGCAAGGCUAUCCAGCACUUCACGCAUUCAGUACAUUCUUCUAUCCUAAGCUAAAGUCUGGAGGUUACCAAGCAGUGAAAAGAUGGACCAAAGGGGUGAAUCUCUUUGAACAAGAACUUGUUCUGGUACCUAUUCAUCGGAAGGUACAUUGGAGCCUGGUGGUGAUGGACCUAAGAAAAAGGUGUCUUAAAUAUCUGGAUUCUAUGGGACAAAAAGGCCACAGGAUCUGUGAGAUUCUUCUUUUGCAAGAAAUUCCUCAACAGUUGAAUGGGAGUGAUUGUGGAAUGUUUACUUGUAAAUAUGCAGAUUAUAUUUCUAGGGACAAACCUAUCACAUUUACUCAGCACCAGAUGCCUCUCUUCCGGAAGAAGAUGGUGUGGGAAAUCCUUCACCAGCAGUUGCUGUGACAAUGCCCCGCCUGGUCUUCUAGCUGCUGGUGGAUCUUUCAUGGAUGUUUCCAUAUACCUCAUGCAUUGUGGGUUAAAAAGUCCCCGAUCAUUUCUCUUCUCUCACAGGUACUGAGCUCUCAAGAGUGCAUGAAGGCCUCUCCACAGUGGCCCUGACUAGAGGUGUGGAGGGGCUGCUUGCAACCCUGUUUGUAAGGCUGUGCCUGCUCAGAGCCCUGGACUGUUCACCCCAUACAAGAACAAAUGCUAAUUAAUGUGUUUUGUUUUAAAGCGUUAUUUCCAUAUGAAUGUGGGAAAUGCAGGAUUUGUUAUAUGAAUUGUUCUGUCUAUGUGUUCACAGGUAUUCACACACUCAUUUGCAAACACUGGGCAGUGCCCUUUUGUCACUGCUCUUUUAUAAUUAGCUAUAAAUAAUUUGUUUGGACUAUUUAUUUCUAGAAAGAAUGUUAAUCAAACUGCCACUUCCUGCUGCAGAGAGAUCAGCAGGGGGAGGAAGGAGGUGUUCGCUAGCUAGCUUCUCUAAUGCUGGAGUGGGAACUGCCAACACACAGUUAAGUUUCUCUCUUUUAAGGCUUGAAAAUGCCAGAAGAAAUGACGAUGCUCUGUUGUAGGAUCUGGCUGCCUUUAGAGAGUCUGAUGCUAUGACACAGGCACAGCUCUUGGAAAAGUGGCCAAGGAACACGGUCUGUGUGUCGUCAGAACAGGGCGUGCUCAUCUUUUCUAGAACUUUCUUUUCUAGAACCGAAGUAGCUUGGCUUCCUCUUGAAACUGGAUUCAAAGUAACUGUGAGCAUAAAUGUUAAGUCGUAGGUCUGGUGAGUGUAAGCCUCACAAUUGUAAGGGCUGGCCUGAGCUGUCUAUUUCAGAAGAUGCUCCUCAAUUUAAACCUAUUUUUCCUCAGAGUUUUUUUUUAAAUAUAUAUAUAAAGUUGAAAUUAAGUUCUUGGUUCAUCAGCAUGCCCUACUCCAGCCCCACUGAGCCUUUGGAGAGAGAUUUAGUGCUUGGCUCUGAGGUUGCCGGGUUUACAGUCAUCUAUUUUGCAUAUGAAAGUUUGUAUUUAACUUUUUUGUUCAUUAAAAAUCUUACAGAUGUGGUUAUGCAUUUUUAAUUUCAGAAAGUUGGUCAGAGCAUAUUUUGCAGGAUCUAGUGCCUAGUGUUGCUUUUAUGAUGUAAUAAAAGACUGUCUGGCAGAACCUAGA